GUCCAACCAUGGCAGGUGCUCCAUCUGUAGCUACUGAUAUUAUAUUUGAUAAAGGAAUUGCUUUUUCAAUGAAGUAAUCCUUCAAAACAUGAAAUAUUGAUUCACCUUUAGUGUCGGUUAUCAAAGUUCUUGCGAAGAGCAGUUCUUCGUAGAUUUCUUGAUUCAUAAUAAAACGAACAUAUGCCAAUAAUAAUGCUGCAUUAUCAGGUGGGACAUCGUUUGGUAAACACCUGUCGUAAGCGAUGUCACUGUUUCCGGCCGCACUCGAAUCAAAGUUGGCUGUUCAGCAGAUACACGACCGGCUGGAAAUGCGGUUUGCAUGCUGAUUGGACAGAAUUAACAAAUUGCGUCGACGAUAAGUUGGACGAGCUAGAGGGAGUGACCAAGAGACGGUAUUUCUAUGUGACAUUACUGAGGGAGCCUAUAUCAAGGUAUCUGUCGGAAUUUCGCCACGUGCAAAGAGGAGCUACGUGGAAAGGUUCCCGACAUGUUUGUAAAGGAAGACCAGCAACUGAAAAGGAAUUGCCACCGUGCUAUGAGGGUGAUAAUUGGGGUGGAGUCGGGCUAGAUGAAUUUAUUGCAUGCAAAAGCAAUUUAGCAGCCAAUAGGCAGACCAGGAUGUUGGCAGAUCUUGAACUGAUUGGUACAGUUGACUCGUCCAGUUGUAUAGAGAAAUGGGUCGUUUGCAAAUAAUUACAUAAGAAGCUUUCAAUAUCAGAACUCAUUUCAUCAAUACGUCUUUCAACAGUAUUGUUGCUUAAGGGAAUUCUUUUAAUGAUAUCAGAUGCAGGUUUGUGUAAAACAGUUUUUAAAACCUCUUCAACGGCUGGCAAAAUUAACUUCUCUCCGAUAGUAUGCGGUUUUCCGGAUUUUGCUAUAAGUAACGAGAUAUUGUAAGACGCCCGCAAACCAUCAUCAUUUCUUUGUGACGUCGAAGCGAACAUUCUGUCCAG